GCGGCCGUGGAGGAGGAGGGGGAGGCGGCGGCUGCAGCAUCCAGAGCUGGCCCUGGCAGUCGGCGCGCCCGGCGCACAAAGGCGCUCAGCCCCUGGGGAAGGCGAUGAGCGCACCGCAGCCCGGGCCCCGGCCACCGCUGCAAUCAUCGCGGCGUGCGCCCGGGGCGCUAGGGAAGAAGCCGGGCACUCCAGGGACUGGCGGCCGUAGUGCGGCCCGUGCGCCCUAAGCGCGGGACUCGCCACUCUCCGGGUCAGGCGCCAAGCUUCGGGGAGGCCAGGGCGCCGGCUUACGCGCCCCCCUGAGAUCGGUGCAGUCGGGUGCUUUACCACCCGGGACCGGACCUCGGAGCCCUCUUGCCGCUCCUGAGCGCCAACUUCGCCAAGAACGUCCCUAACUCCAGGGCACCCUGCGGGAAGAGAGGGCUCUGCUGCCGGGCACAAGCCGAGAGGACGCGCCGCUGGCGGAGAAGCCAGCAUCCGCGGGGUCGCUCGGGCGCCCCUGAGUGGGCAGCAGCGGCAUCUGACCUCUCUCCUGGGAGUCCCGGACCUGCCAGCGCUGGGGAUUCCUCCCGGGCAGGCGCUCGCCCUCUCUUUUAUGGAGCUUGGGCCCCUGCCACAGCCCAGCAGAGGCUGUAGAGAUCAACCAUCAGGAAGCCUGGUUCCCAGCCCCGGGGUCCAUCCCUGGCUGUGGGGAGUGGAGGCUCCCACGAGGUAGCAGUGGCCCGAAGUGGUCCCCUCCCCAUAGUGAGCCAUGGGUCAGAAGCUCUCGGGGAGCCUCAAGUCUGUGGAGGUGCGAGAGCCAGCUCUUCGGCCUGCCAAGCGGGAGCUUCGAGGCUCAGAGCCCGGGCGGCCAGCGCGGCUAGACCAGCUGCUGGACAUGCCUGCGGCAGGGCUGGCUGUGCAGCUGAGACAUGCCUGGAACCCCGAGGACCGCUCGCUUAAUGUCUUCGUCAAGGAUGAUGACCGCCUCACCUUCCACCGCCACCCUGUGGCCCAAAGCACGGAUGGCAUCCGCGGCAAGGUGGGCCAUGCCCGGGGCCUGCACGCAUGGCAGAUCCACUGGCCGGCUAGGCAGCGGGGUACCCAUGCUGUGGUGGGCGUGGCCACAUCCCGUGCCCCUUUGCACUCCGUGGGUUACACCGCACUGGUGGGCAGCGACUCCGAGUCGUGGGGCUGGGACUUGGGCCGCAGCCGCCUCUACCACGAUGGCAAGAACCGACCUGGGGUGGCAUACCCUGCUUUCUUGGGGCCGGAUGAGGCCUUCGCUCUGCCAGAUUCCUUAUUGGUCGUGCUGGACAUGGACGAGGGCACACUCAGCUUCAUCGUGGACGGCCAGUACCUGGGCGUGGCCUUCCGUGGCCUCAAGGGCAAGAAACUGUACCCGGUGGUGAGUGCCGUGUGGGGCCACUGCGAAGUCACCAUGCGCUACAUCAAUGGCCUUGACCCUGAGCCCCUGCCGCUGAUGGACCUGUGUCGGAGAUCCAUCCGCUCAGCCCUGGGCAGACAGCGCCUGCGGGACAUCGACUCCUUGCCCCUGCCUCAGUCGCUCAAAAACUAUCUACAGUACCAGUGAGCAGGGCUGAAGGCCUGCCGUCAUCUGUGGUCACACGGCACCUAGCUCCGGAGCGUCAGGAUUGUGUCACUGACUUGGAAAAGGAAUGCCUGUUGCCACUAUGGCUGCCAGGGCCAAACUGCUGCCAUCAACCAGGACCAGGAAGUCACCUAGUCAACCAGAGUGUAGAGACCAUUUCCUUCUCAAGAGAAUGAAUAAAACAUUUGGCAGGAGACAGCGUCCUGUUCCCCACUGCAGACAGGCCCGGGAAAAUUGGCCGGUGGAGAGAAAAUAGCUUCUGAAUAAUGAAUGAUGGAAACAAGUCCUUGAUGGUCCCCUCCCUGCCUGCCCCUGGCCAGGGUAGGGAGAUCAUCCUUCCGUUUUAAGACUUAGAACCACUUUGAGAGACCAGUCGCCAGGGACCACGGCAGUGCGAAGAACCUGGACUUUCCUCUCUGAGCCGGCUUCCUCAGCCCGUCCUUCCCUCUUCCACCAUGGAUAGAGUCAUUUGGCUGUCCCCGCCCGCCUGUCUAUUCAGGGACAGUAGUCUGAUGACUUCCCCCAGGGACAGAGCUUAUUCUUGGGUAUGAUCGUUUAAAGUAGCGUUUUGCAUUUUGAAGAGGAGUGUAUUGAAGAUGGCUUUCUCCCAAAGGUGCUAAGGAGGAUGGGGGCCUCGGGACCCUGAGUCUGAGACACCAUUAGUGUCCAGGACUCUGACCACCAUAUUCAGGGUGAAGCCUGGCUGUCACAGAGCUUUCUUUGAGCAAAUUAUUUUUUCACUUUAGAAGACUUCCACAGUUUGUUUCUUGUUUCUUAUAUGUGUGUGACAUGCUGUUUAUUUAUCAGCUGGGGCCCGUGGUGUGGCUUUGGGACUGGAAGGGUGGGGGUGACACACAGUCUCUGCAGGCUCUGAGACCUAUGCUCUCACGGAAUGUUGCUGCUGCUGCCGCUGCCUUCGCCUUUCAGCACCACAUUCAACGUCUUUGGUGUGUUCCUGAUAGUCUCCACCCAGACUUGUCUUUAACUGGAAAUCGUCACAGCGUGGGAUACCAGAGUCAGACAGCGCAGCCUCCACUUUAAUGUGAAUGUGACCUUCAAGCAAGGAACAUUUCUAAUAAAGUUUGUCAU